CUCCAUUUCUCUCUCCCUCUCUCUCCACAUCUUUCUAGAUUUCCCGAGACCCUUGGAGCUAGGACGCCGCGCCGUUUAAAAAAAAAAAGGGAGAGAGAUGGAGGUGAAGGUUAGAAAGGAAAAGUUUGUGCCGUUUGUGGCAAUGGUGAUAAUGGAGGCAUGCACCAUUGCUUUUACGAUAAUGGCCAAAACGGCUAUAACGGGAGGGAUGAGUCCCUUUGUGUUCGUUGUUUACACAAAUGCAUUCGGAUCUUUUCUUUUGAUUCCUUUUUCUUUCUUCUUCCACAGGAAUGACAGAACUGAAGAGUCUAUCUUUUCUUGGCCACUCCUCGUUCGUGUUUUCUUUCUAGGUUUCACCGGGAUAUUUCUAUUCCAAAACUUGGCAUUCGUGGGGCUAACCUUCAGCUCACCCAUAGUAGUAUGUGCAAUGGGAUUACUCAUUCCUUCCUUCUCCUUCUUGCUCAAUCUUAUUCUCGGAAGGAGCAAGUUAGAUUGGAGAAACACGAGCACGAGAGUUAAAGUGAUGGGAACAAUAAUCUCAUUAAGCGGAGCAUUUGUUGAAGAAUUAUACAAAGGUCCCUUUAUAAGACCAGCUUCGUCUCCUUCCCCAACUCGUCUUCUAAAAUCGAUCCCUAAACUCUUGGUCUACUACACAAUCCCCGACAAUUGGUUCCUCGGCUGUAUCUUUCUAGCCACCGCUUUUUUCUGUGUCGCCCUCUUCAAUGUUAUUCAGAUAGGGACGGUGAAAAAGUAUCCACACGUUAUGAAAGUGGCUUCCUUUUACAGCAUAGUCGGGACGAUUCAGUGUCUAGUCUUCGCGUUGUUUAUGGAGAGAGACCUAAGUGCAUGGAAGAUCGAACCUAACUUCCAUCUUUUCCUCAUUAUUGCCACGGGAAUAUUCGGAAAUGUGAUACGACCAAGCAUACAAGUAAAGUGUACCCAAAUGAAAGGACCAACUUACGUACCAUUAUUCAAACCCUUUGGUAUCCUUUGGGCAACAGUCUUUGGCACCAGCUUCUUCGUCAACAGUCUUCGCUACGGCAGUGUUUUGGGAGCAGCCAUAGGUGGCGUUGGAUAUUACUCAGUGUCUUGGGGACAACUGAAGGAAACCGAAGAAAAACAAAAUCCAAUUGAAGAAAGAAAACCAAGCAAAAAUAAGCAUUAUCAGGAAGAAGUUGACAACAAAGUUCCAUUGCUUACUCAUGAUCAGGAAGAAAGUCCUGUGUGAAUUGUGUAUUUUAUAGUUUUAAGAAGAAAAUGAGGGUCGCUUAAGUAUUUUAUGGCUCAUUUCUUUCUAUGUCGUGAAUAAGAAGAAAUGCGUGUGUUAUGUAGUCAGUGUCAAUGGGAGAUUGCUGAAGUAGGCUUUUUGGUCCGAAAGGCAAAAUCCACCGAAUGUAUAUGCAUGUAUUUGUAUAUCUAAAGCUCUUUAUUAUGUUUUGAUUUUGUGUAAUGAAUAAGCUCCGAAUCAUUGCUUUUAU